AUGGCCUGUCCAUGUCAGAAUGACGGCAUGUGUGUACCAGAUCCCAGCAUGACUCGCGGCCAGGGCCACUAUAUCUGUGAAUGUCCCGGAUAUACGGGUCGAUGGUGUGAGCAGGAGAUUGACGAGUGUCAGUCAAACCCCUGUCACAACGGCACGUGUGUUGACUUUGUUAAUGGUUUCAACUGCACCUGUGAUUCCGACCAUGUCGGUGAGUUCUGUCAUAUCGACAUAGACGACAAGUGUGGCCUGCAGCCAUGUUUCCCUGAUGUUCUCUGUAUCAACGUUGCUGGCGGAUUUGAGUGCGGGGACUGCCCGGAAGGGUUUACAGGAAACGGCGUUAACUGUGAAGGUUAG